CCGAGAGAAAGACACGAGAUAAAUUUUGAUCCGCCUUGGCCUUUGUGUCUCCUCCUCCUCUCUCUUUCUCUCUCUCUUACAAAAAAGAUUUCAAAAACCCUAAAUUUCACAAAAACUGAUUAGGUUCCAAAAUUCUCUCCGGCGAUUUUCUCAAAUUUAAAUUCGGCUCACGGUCAGUUUCCCAAACGUCGAAUUGAAUUGAUCGAACAGGUACAAAGGGUUGAGUUACUUUGAGCUUGAAAGAUGAAUACUCAAGAGGUGAGAGUCGUACCUCGAGGAAAUCGACGGAGGAAAGCUGUGAUUGAUCUGAAUGCUGUACCUGGAGAUCAAGAAGGCACUUCUGCUUCUUCUGUUAGAGCUCUUACCACCGUGCCUCCUGUGGUAGAGUCUCAGCCUGUUCCUACUCCGAUUGAUGUUGAUGCUAUUGAAGAUGAUGUUAUUGAAUCAUCCGCAAGUGCUUUUGCUGAAGCUAAAAGCAAAUCUAGAAAUGCACGUCGGAGAUCCUUGAUGGUUGAUGUAGAGUCAGGAGGUACAACUAGGGUGCCUGCUAACUUGAGCAACAAACGUAGAAGGAUUCCUUCUAGUGAACCUAUCAUUGACUGUGAGCAAGCCUCUAUAAAUGUCGUUGAAGUCGACAUGUUAUCGAGACUGUCUAGAUCGAAGGCUCCAGCUCCUGCUUCCCCACCUGAAGAGCCGAAAUUUACUUGUCCCAUCUGUAUGUGCGCCUUCACAGAGGAGAUGUCAACCAAGUGCGGUCACAUCUUCUGCAAGGGAUGUAUAAAGACGGCAAUAUCUCGUCAGGCAAAAUGCCCUACUUGCAGGAAAAAGGUUACUGCAAAAGAGCUCAUUCGAGUAUUCCUUCCAGCCACUAGAUGAGUUAUACAGCAACAUCACCAACCACCACCCUGUCUAAUCAUUUGUCAGACUAUCCUCAUACUCACUUCGGAACAUUGAAAGGGACUUCAGUGACUUUGUGUUUUAGGAUGAGAAAUAUUCAGUUAUCAAGAAGGCCCUAUCAUUUGAUGGAUAUCAUUGGUAAUAACUCUUUGUUUUUAGUUGCUGCUGUUAUAUGUAAUUUAGUCGAUACUAUUCCCUCUUAAUUGAUGAAAAAGAUAUAUGAAAGAAAAAAAUAUUGGAUCUUAACUCAAAUUCGACAUACAUUCUUAA